AAAAAUAAAACCCCAAAACGAGCAAAACUUGUUGGAGAGAUCAACAACAAGUGGGUGCCGGACUCUGGUUGGUUUAGUUCCCGUCGAGCAGUUGUCUGGAGUAGACCCCAAAAUGCAGAAACCCGAGCAAAACAAUCUCGAAACUGAGCGGAAUACAAAUGUAAAAAGAUUCACCAGGGAACUGAUCCUUCUCUGUGUGUUUCUGCUAAUGCUGGUGGCCCUGGCUGCCGGAUACUCCUAUUGGGUGUUGACCCAUUCCCCAAUGAAUUCUAACAAAAACCUGCACAUACUCGACCGCAGCGAGUGGCAUGGAGAACCACACAGCGAUAAAUACGAACACCUCAAGUUACCCAUCUCGAAUGUAAUAAUCAGUCACACGGCCACCGAGGGAUGCGAGACAGAAGAGAUUUGCAUCUAUCGCAUGCAGACCAUUCAGGGCUUUCACAUGAAAUCCCUUGGCUGGGUGGACAUUGCCUACAACUUUCUGGUGGGCGGCGACGGGCAGAUCUAUGUGGGACGUGGCUGGCAUGGCCAGGGGCAGCAUGUGCGCGGCUAUAGUGCCGUAUCCAUAGGCAUUGCCUUCAUUGGUACCUUUGUGAAUGUGGAGCCGCCAGUGCGACAAGUGGAGGCGGCCAAGCGUCUGAUGGCCGAGGGUGUGCGCCUGCACAAGCUGCAUCCGGACUACCACAUCUAUGCACAUCGCCAGCUCAGUCCCACCGAGAGUCCCGGCCAGAAGCUCUUCGAGAUGAUCAAGCACUGGCCCCGCUGGACACCGGAUGUGACACAAUUGCGCUUGCUUGGAAAUGCCACACUGAAGUUCGUCACACGCGCCUACUGGCUGGCCCAACCGCCCCAACGGACACUGCCUCCUCUGAAGCUGCCCGUGGCGAGCGUACGCUUGGUGUCCACCGUAUCGCCCGCUUGCAGCACCCAAGCAGAGUGCGUUUUUCGUGUGCGGCUACUCCAAACGUAUCACAUCGAGAGCAGCGGCUACACGGACAUUAACUACAACUUUGUGAUUGCCGGCGAUACGAACAUCUACGAGGGCAGGGGCUGGGAUCAAAGCUGCGAGACUGAACAGGAUCACGUAUCCGCCUCGAAUGAGCUUGUGGUGGGCUUUGUGGGUGCCUCAGCUAGCAACAAGAAGCUGGCACUGGAACUCAUAGAACAAGGCAUCAAGUGGGGUCACAUAAGCAAGGAUUAUACACUUAAAGACAACACAACAUAGACAUACAGGAAGCAAGACAGCGGGACAGCAGCAGGCAAAGGAUUACCAGUGCCAUCUAUAAAGUGAUACUAGACUUAAGCACUAUCCAACAUCUCUCACGUACUUAUUAUAGAAAUAAACAUGCCUUUAAUGAGUGUUUUUUUUAA